UUUGUUCCCUCCUCCCUAAGCUGAAAGAGAUGACAGACUUCUUUUCUUCCAUCCCAAGCCACUGCAGCCACAGUGGAUGACAAUACUUGUUGAGAUCAUCCGUGGGUUGCAGGUUACCGGUGAGAGUGAAGCAGGUUACUUACUGCAAAAAUUUCUUAAUCAUAAGUGGAAGCACACCAGGGUUUGUUAGUUAGUUAAUUCUGCUGCAAACAAACAGUGGUAUGUAGAGUUCAGUUAGAUUCUCCCGCAUCGAUCAGUGGAAACGUACUGAAGAUACUAGAGGAAAUUGGGCGUCAUGUUCCAGUUAAGUAGCAAUCAGUGUCGUGUCGCAUCUUGUGGUUGCUUGAUCUGACCACUCUGCACGGGGCCACGUUUUGCUUACUUCACCCCAGAUUAUUAGAAGGAUUUAGGAGCUGAAUAGAACACUGCUGUGUGUGCCGGCCGUCGUCUCCAUCAGCUCCUUUUUUUCUGUUCUUGGUUUUUACCAGGAGCCGUCUCCUUCGAAUUCCUAGUAUUUCCUGCCUUCCUUGUACCUCUCCUCACAAAGUACUAGAGUGUAGAGAGUGUGCUCUGCUCUGUCUUCUGAACCACACAGCUUUCCCGUCGAAUCUUUAUCUCUUGCUCUUUCUUCUUCUUUCACCAAUCGGGAUCACAAAAUCGCUUCUCUCUGUACUCUGCUCGAAUCCAUCUUGUUUGGAUUUCCUUCCUUCUUUCUUUCUGUACCUUGUUUUUUUUGCUCUAUCCCUUCCUAGGCUGCUCUGCGCUAUGGCGUUCUUGCUGGCUUCGUCUUCCUCCUCCGUCCACCCAUCUCUCAGGCGACAGAUUUACUAGUUCCUUUCUUCUCUCAAGGCGGAAGAAGAGAUGGCCGAUCUGCUUCUUCUUCUUCUCCGGGUGCUCUGCCUCUGCAGCGUGGUGCCGCUGGCCGUCGCGGCGGCGAGGCCGGGCAACGUGACCAUCGGCGCGCUCUUCACCUUCAACUCCGUCAUCGGGAGGUCGGCCGCCGCCGCCAUCGACCUCGCCGUCGCCGACGUCAACCGCGACGCCGCCGUGCUCAACGGCACGCGCCUCAGCGUCGUCGCCCAGGACACCAAGUGCAGCGGCUUCGUCGGCACCAUCCAAGCUUUGCAGCUGAUGGAGAAGAAGGUGGUGGCGGUGGUGGGCCCGCAGUCGUCGGGGAUCGCGCACGUGGUGUCCCACGUCGUCAACGAGCUCCACGUGCCGCUGCUCACCUUCGCCGCCACCGACCCGGCGCUCGCCUCCUCGCAGUACCCCUACCUCCUCCGCGCCGCCCGCGGGGACGACGCGUCCCAGAUGGCCGCCGUCGCCGACAUCGUCGCCUUCUACGGCUGGCGCCAGGUCGCCGCCGUCUACGCCGACACCGACCACGGCCGCGGCGGCGUCGACGCCCUCGGCGACGCGCUCGAGCCCCACCGCGCCAGGAUCGCCCUCAGAGCGCCAUUCCCUCCCGGCGCCGGCAGCGCCGCCAUGGCCGACCUCCUCGUCCAGGUCAGCCUGGCCGAAUCCCGGGUGAUUGUUGUCCAUGUCAGCCCCGACUCCGGCCUCGCCGUCUUCUCCGCCGCCAGGUCGCUCGGGAUGAUGGCCGCCGGGUACGUCUGGAUCGCCACCGACUGGCUCGCCGCCGCCAUCGAUUCUUCUUCGUCUUCUUCGCAUCCGGCAAAUCAUCCCAAGAGUACUAUGGGCCUGAUCCAGGGCGUCCUCACGCUCCGCCGUUACUCCCCGGACUCCCCCGCCAAGAGGGCGCUCGCCAUGGCCUCCAGGUCCAAGCAUCUCAACGCGUACGGGCUCGCGGCGUACGACUCCGUGUGGACGGCGGCGCGCGCCAUCGACGCGUUCCUCGCGGACGGCCUCGACGUCACCUUCUCCGACGACCCGAGGCUGCAGGCCGAGCAGAGCGGCAGCAACAGCACGCUGCGGCUGGGCGCGCUCAAGGUGUUCGACCAAGGGCCGCGGCUGCUGGAGAAGCUGCUGCUGUCCAACUCCACGGGCAUCACCGGCGCGCUGCGGUUCGGCGCCGACCGGAGCCUCGUGGACCCGGUAUACGAGGUGCUUAACGUCGGCGGCACCGGCGUCCGCCGUGUCGGCUUCUGGUCCAACCGCACGCGCCUCUCGCUCGCCGCGCCGGACACGAAGAAGAACGGAAGCUCGUCGCAGCAGGGGCUGUACAGCGUGAUCUGGCCGGGGGAGACGACGGCGACGCCGCGGGGGUGGGUGUUCCCGAACAACGGGCGCCCGCUGCGCAUCGGCGUGCCGUGGAGGACGACGUACCGGCAGUUCGUCUCCAAGGAUGGCACCAGCCCCGACGGCGCCAGCGGCUACUGCGUCGACGUCUUCAAGGCCGCCGUGUCCCUCCUCCCAUACCCGGUCCCAUUCUCCUUCGUCCUCUUCGGCGACGGCGAGAAGAACCCGAGCUACGGCGACCUGGUCUCCAAGGUCGCCAAUGACGAGUUCGACGCGGCGGUGGGCGACGUGUCGAUCGUGACGAACCGGACCCGGGUGGUGGACUUCACGCAGCCGUACGUGGAGUCCGGCCUGGUGAUCGUGUCGCCGGUGAAGGAGAAGAACCCCAACGCCUGGGCCUUCCUCAAGCCCUUCACCGGCGCCAUGUGGGCCGUCACCGGCGCCUUCUUCCUCUUCGUCGGCGCCGUCGUCUGGGUCCUCGAGCACCGCUUCAACCCCGACUUCCGCGGCUCCCCCCGCAAGCAGCUCGUCACCAUCUUCUGGUUCAGCUUCUCCACCAUGUUCUUCGCCCACAGGGAGAACACGGUGAGCACGCUGGGGAGGAUGGUGCUGAUAAUCUGGCUGUUCGUGGUGCUGAUCAUAAACUCGAGCUACACGGCGAGCCUGACGUCGAUCCUGACGGUGCAGCAGCUGUCGACGGGGAUCCAGGGGCUGGACGGGCUUAUCGCCAGCGCCGAGCCCAUCGGCUACCAGGUGGGGUCCUUCGCCAAGAGCUACAUGAUGGAGGAGCUCAACGUGCCGGAAUCCCGGCUCAAGGAGCUCGCCAUCGACGACUACGCGUCCAGCCUGCAGCUGGGGCCGCACAACGGCGGCGUGGCCGCCAUCGUCGACGAGCUCCCCUACGUCGACCUCUUCCUCUCCACCAACUGCCAGUUCAAGACCGUCGGCCAGGAGUUCACCAAGAGCGGUUGGGGAUUCGCGUUCCAGCGGGACUCGCCGCUGGCGGUGGACCUGUCGACGGCGAUCCUGACGCUGUCGGAGAACGGCGACCUGCAGAGGAUCCACGACAAGUGGCUCAACCCGGGGCAGUGCGACGGCGCCACGCAGGGCGCCGACGUCACCGCCGCCGCAGACAGGCUCAACCUGGGAAGCUUCUGGGGCCUCUUCCUCAUCUCCGGCGUCGCCUGCUUCCUCGCGCUGCUCGUCUACUUCGCAAGGAUACUCUGCCAGUACGGCAAGUACAAGCUGGCCGGCGGCGAACCGCCGGGGGAGGACGACCCGUCGUCGUCGUCGUCGUCCGUGUCCCCGGAACGCAAGCCUCCGGUGCGGCGGCCGGAGCGGCUGAGGAGCAUCAGGGAGCUGAUGACGUUCGUGGACAUGAAGGAGGCGGAGGUGAAGAGGGCCAUCCGGCGGAAGUCAAGCGACGACGGCCGCCGCCAGCCCGACAGGUCCAUCGCCAGCUCCGCCGGUGCCUCCUCCUUCUCCGUCUCCACCGUCUAGCUAGUCACUAGCUAGUCACCAUGGAUUUCUUAAUCUGAUCCUAGAAUCGAUCCCACGUGGAUGCAAAAUCAAAGCUAGCUGCAGCUGCCGAGAUCGAUGAUGAACUGAUGAUACUGUAAUGUAGGGACUGAUGAUAUACAUAUAUUAUGUACUGUACUACCAAUUGGGAGAAGAUGGUAUAGGUAGAUUAAUUCUGCUA